AAAAUGUCAAACUAUCAGUUUUACUAUCGCCAAAUCAGUGACUCUCUCAUUGGAUUGAAUAAACUCGGCAAUUAUUAUUGCUCAUACAUCUUUACCCGUAAAUGUACAUUUAGCAAAAUCUUAAAAUCGUAAAAUGUGUUAUUUGUUCCUGUGUGUAGUUCCAUUGCGACAUUCUCUAGUCUAGGCUAGCAGGCUAUGAGCAACGUCUUGCAAGCCGCCUGGCUGUGGACUAAAACACCGCAGCAGGCUUGUUAAUGAAUUAAACUGGAACAUAGUAGCUAUCGCCCCGAUUAGAUUUAGACCGAUCGAGUCUCAAACCGUUCUCGUGUUUAAAGACUCAAGAUGUCGUGGAUAAGGGAAGGCGAACUCAACCUCCUUGAAAAGCUUUCAGCCAACAUACUGAUGGCAGGCCCCAGUAUGCCCAAACAUGUAGCGUUCAUCAUGGAUGGCAACCGUCGCUAUGCACGCAAGCAACAUGUGGAGCGGCAGGAUGGGCACACACAGGGUUUUGACAAGCUGGCUGAGACGCUCCGCUGGUGUCUGCACCUGAACAUCCCGGAGGUGACGGUUUACGCCUUCAGCAUCGAAAACUUCAAGCGCUCCAAGGAGGAAGUGGACGGGCUGAUGGAGCUGGCCAAGCAGAAGUUCCUAAAGCUUCUGGAAGAACAGGAAAACCUAGAGAAGCAUGGUGUGUGCAUCCGUGUGCUGGGAGACCUGAACAUGCUGCCUCUGGACCUACAGCAAGCCAUCGCCAGAGCUGUGGUGUCCACCAGGACGCACAACAAAUGCUUCCUGAACGUGUGUUUUGCCUACACCUCGAGGUACGAGAUCACCAACGCCGUCCGGGAGAUGGCCUGGGGGGUGGAGCAGGGCCUCCUCAAGUCCAGCGACGUGUCGGAGGGCCUGUUGAGCCAGUGUCUGUACAGCAGAAACUCCCCCAACCCUGACCUGCUGAUCAGGACCUCAGGAGAGGUCCGCCUCAGCGACUUCCUGCUCUGGCAGACCUCCCACUCCUGCCUGGUGUUCCAGACCGUGCUGUGGCCUGAGUACUCCUUCUGGAACCUGUGUGAGGCAAUCCUGCAGUACCAGUUCAACUACAGAUCUAUCCAGAAGGCCAGAGAACUCCACCUGGAGGAGCAGAGUCUUUGGCAGCUGGAGGCGGACCGAGCCUGCGUGUCCCAGCUCCUGGUGCAUCAUGGGAAGGACGGGCCCCUGGAUGCACAGCUCCUGGUGCAUCAUGGGAAGGGUGGGCCCCUGGACGCACAGAGAAGACAGGAAGCCGUGCGGAGCUACACGGCCAGCCGGGAGGAGAGGGUGGAGAGCUUUCUGGGAGCACUGCAGCUCAAGAGAGACUUGUUCUUCACCAGCCUCAGCACCCUCGCAGCACAGGGCUAGAAACCCCAGGAACCCUGACCCGGGGAACUCUGACCUGGAGAACCCUGACUCACAUCAACAUGGCUGGAUUUGAACACUCCUCUCGCCACCCGCAUCUUCCAACAAGGCCUCUGGAGAAGGGGGGAUGUUGUAUAAAUUAUUUGUACAAAGAUGAGAGCGCAAUUUCUACCCCUAUGGGGCUAUAGUUUAUGUGGAAUAUUUAUGUAUUUAGUCGAAAUAAGUCUAAUAAACAGAAAAGAUCUGGUUAAGUUGA